AUGUCAACACUUACGAAUGGAAAAAAUACACACAAAAUUCCGCAGCCCACUUCAUCAUCAUCGCUAUCAAUCACCAAUGAUGCUAUCUUGUCACUGGCGCAUAGUCCAAGUCCUGAAGCUACAAGCGAUGCGAGCUCGAGCUAUAGCGCUCCAACUGGGUUGCCACAUCCAAAACCAAAACAUAAUAUCCGCGAACAACUGAUACAAGCUGGAUUUGAACCGCGCGGAACAACAAUUUAUGUGAAUCGUAAUGCUGUGCGUUUUGGGAGUGCGCCAAAUUUCCCGGCGCCGUCAAGUGGUGGUGUCGCAUCGCGCAUUUCCGAAUUCGAAAAAAGGCCUGGCACUCCAAAUUUGCUGCAAAUAGCCUGUGCCUUAAAUGGCACCGAACAGAGACGUAAUGAGGCUUCACCUAUCCGAUCACCGUCGGGUCCGAUGUCUCCAAGAUCAUCUGUUUAUCGUACGAAGCCGGUUAUUCAUGCCGAUCUAAGCGGCGCAUCACCACGUCCCCAGGCACCAGUGAACGCUGAGCCUGCUGUUUUCGAAUUUCCGCCAAGCAAACAGUUGACGGAACUGAUCAAGGUCAAGAAUCAGCAAAGCAGAAUUAGUUAUAUGCCUUUUGCUCUUUUUUGUGUGGUAGAUUAA